AUGGGCAAGAAAUUCAAACAUUCGGACAUAUUUCCUAGCAACCCCAUGCUCAUGUGCAUUUGCGGAUCUUCGGGUUGUGGAAAGACUUAUCUCACUUUUAACAUGUUGACAACACCGAACCUUUUAGAUUUCGAGUCUCUGUAUAUUUACACGACUACUCCCGAACAAUCCUAUUAUCAGUUUCUCAAAGCUUUGGAAUACGUCUCGAAAGAAGAAGUUCAAGACAUUUUUCACUACUACGAAAGCAACGAAGACUUGCAAGAGAACGCGGAAAUAAAAGACAUUUUAGAUGGCUUUAUCAAAGAAAAGAAUCCUUCUCUGAAACCGACCGACGUCAAAGUGUUUCUGACUAAAAACGUUAACGAUUUAGACUUGUCUAAAAUCGACAACCACCGAAAGAACUUGAUUGUCUUUGACGACUGCGUGGCACAAAAAAGUCAAACCGUUCAACAAGAAUUCUUCACGAAAGGAAGACAUCACAACUGUCACUGCAUAUACCAAUCCCAAUCUUUCUACGGAAUGGACGCCAUGUUUAUCAGAAAGAACGCAAAUUGUUUUUUAUUAUUCGAAUUAAACGAGAAAGAUUUAUCUCAAAUCAUUCAGUCGAUAAAUCACGGAAUGGACAGAGACACGUUUAAAAAGACUCUAUUUCAACCCAUAUUAAAAAGUCAAGAAGAUAUUAAAAAGAGACUCGCUAUAGAACCUUCACCCCAUAAAGAUCCACCGCUUGAAUAUGGUGGUAUUAAGACAUUAGAUGAUAUAAAACGUCUUUUUUCAAACCCUGACCCAGAUUUACCGAAGAGCAUUUCACCAAUCAUUGAUGAAGUGGGCUUAUUGUUUAAUGGUUUUAGAAUAAGAUUUAGUGGAAAUUCACCACAAUUCAAAAUCGACACAAAAGACUUUAUAUUUACAUUAACGAGAGGAUUAAUAGAUUUAAUGAAUGGCGAGGACGUUAAAAUUGCCGAUUACAAGGAUUUAGUAGCAUACUCAAAAUUUCUACAUGCGAUCGGAAGUCAGGACCCGAAACAAGAAGAUUGA